ACACAUUCUCUAUAAUGUUUAUUUUUACGAUCUAGAUAUAUAAAGGUUUACGUAGUCAUUCAAUUCACCACAGGAAGGUGAAAAUGUUUUUCACACAGAGUUACAAAAAUAAUCGCCAUGUUAGAAUGAUUUCAUCGGAACUUAAGUAAUAAUUAUUAUAACAAAUGGCGACCCCAGAAAAAGAAAGUCCAUCUCGGAUAUGUACGGGACCAAAGAGAGAAACAGCGAUAGUCCUUUCUUUAGGAUUAGUUUGUGUGUGCUCAUAUAUUUGUUAUUCGCUGCCUGCACCGUUUUUCACAAUUAAGGCAACUGAGAGGGGAAUUUCCAAAACUGUCAUUGGUAUUUUGUUCGCGAUGUUCGAGUUUGUGAUAUUCGUUUUGUCGCCAUUGAUCGGAAAAUACCUUUCAACACUUGGUUUCAGAAAAGUAUUCCUUGCUGGUGUCAUGUUAUGUGGAGUAAGCACGAUGAUCAUUGGAGUACUUAAUUAUAUACCGGACAAGAACAUUUUUAUAGUUUCUUGUUUUGUUGUACGUUUCCUAGAAGCUGUUGGAUCAGCCGCCUGCUUAACAUCUGUAUAUGCAAUAGUGGCCAUAGCUUUUCCAAAGAAAAUUCCUUCCGUCAUGGGCGUUAUAGAAAUGUGUAAUGGCCUCGGCAUGAUGAUCGGACCAGCUUUGGGAAGUGGACUAUACCAGAUUGGCGGUUUUGGGUUGCCAUUUUACACGACAGGGGCAAUGCUUAUGCUGACAGGGAUAUUUUGUUUCUUCACUAUACCAAAACCGACAGAUAAAGAAGACAACAGUUCGAUGUCGGUGUUAAUUCUUCUUAAAAAUCCUUCAAUAAUGAUUACAGGAUUAAUGGUAUUAAUAGCUGCUUCAGGAAUAGGGUUUCUGGAACCUACUCUAGCAAUUCAAUUGAAAGAGUUAGAUUUAUCAACUGCUGAAGCUGGUGGAUUUUUUGUCCUCCUCCCAUUUGUGUAUGCACUUUCAUCACCGCUAUGGGGAUUCAUUAACGAGAAAAAGGACUGUGGUAGAUGGAUGAUGAACAUAGCACUAAUAUUUGCUUUUUUAUCAUUCAUGAUGUUUGGACCAACUCCGCUUAUACCAUAUAUAAAAAGCUCUAUAGCACAACUUACUCUAUCAUCAAUCUGUUUUGGAAUGUCUAUGAGCUGUAUAUUAGUACCAACGUUACCGUAUAUACUCAAGUCUGUGUCAUUCGAAGGACAUAACGAAGGGGGCAUGGCAGUAUAUGGAAUUGUAGCUGGAUUUGAAUCAGCAUCUUUUUCUCUAGGUGCUUUUAUAGGGCCAUUACUAGGUGGUAUAAUGGUGGACCAUCUAAAAUUUCCAACUGCAUCAACAGUUUACGCAUUUAUGUUUCUGAUUGUGGUGAGUAAAAUGAAACGUAAGUUGAUAUAAAUUGCUAAUUGAAAUUAAGGUAAAAUUGAGAAUGGAAAUGGGGAAUAUGUCAAAGAGACAACAACCCGACCAAAGAGCAGACAACA